AUGUUCAUUACCAAAUGUCUUUUGGCAGCUAUUCCUAAAGCAACCUCAACAUUCAUUCCAAAAUCAAUACCAAAACAAACGCCCAACCAAAUUCCAAAAUCCCUCACAACAGACGAACUUUCUUCUAUAUUUAAUAUACGAACAACUAUAAUUACCGUUAAUGAUGCCUUUACACUCAAGGCCAUUAAACAAACCAAUCCAGCUGAAUACAGAGUGGCCAUUGUUGCUGGAAAAAAGAAAUUAGGAAAACUUGCUGUUUGGAGAAAAAAGGGACAGAAAAGAAUAAGGGCAGCCAUCAGAGCUACUUUCCCCACGCAUGCCACACAAGAUUCAGCAUUAUUGUCUAUUUUACGGAGCAAAAUAUCACACCACAUUUACAAUACUUGA